CCGGAGCCCAGCGCGCCGCCCCGGCACAGGGGUAUCCGCAGAUCCACUGUCCCGGCGGGAAAAGUGAGGUCAAAACAAACUGAUAGAGCAAGACUUCCUGCUGAUCUCAUUUCAUCAAUCCCAGCCCUCUGCUCUAGAGGUUCUGAACUCUGUGCCUGAGGAAGCUGACAGAUUGUCUGAAGAGAAACUUGUCUCAGAGACCCUACGUCCUUGGAAGAUGCAGAGCCUCAGGCCUGAGCAGAUUCGGGGGCUGCUGGAGCCGGAGAGGACCAAGAUGCUGCUGCCCUGGGAGAGCAGGACCUGGGAGAAGCGCAUCACCUCCACCAAAGACUGGGUGGCUGUGGAGGUUGAGGCUGCCAGCUGUGACAGUGAUGAGAAAGGUCUUUCUUCUCAAGAGCCUGGACUGGCCCAGGAGUGGAACCCGGUGGAAGGAGAUGAAGAAUCUGAGGACUCGCAGGGCUUUUUGGAGUGGUCGAAAGCUCCGCAACAAACGACAAUAGUCUUGGUAGUGUGUGUCCUGUUUUUGUUCCUGGUUUUAACGGGGAUGCCUAUGAUGUUCCACAUUUAGCUAUAGUGGUGGCAAUUGUCCUGAAAUAGAUGUCCUGUUUCUUGUUAAGGAAAUGUCUUGGUUCAAAAUCAGGAAUAGGUAUUGGAUAUUAGCAAAUGCCUUUCAAACAUUCAUCAAGAUGAUUUUUUUUUGAUAUUUAAUCUUCUGGUGUGAGGUUUUGCAUUACUGUAUUUCACUGAACUUAAAACAUUGUUGAUUGUAAAAUACAUAUUAUUUUAUAUACUACUGAAAAAGGAAAACAUGCCACGUCGUUGUCAGAUGCCACCAACUGGAAGAUGCCUCCUGACUUUAGAGAUUAUGGAAAAAUGAGCAAUUUGGGAUUGAUGAAAUCUGUGGAUUUCUUAAUAUCAAAUCAUCUUUGUAGACUUGGGAUUGUGGUGCAAUCCUGGCCCUUGGGAUCGUGGUGCAAUCCUGGCUCUUGGGAUUGUGGUGCAAUUCUGACCCUGGAUUAUAUGUCUUGAUAUUUUAUGUAUGAUUCUUGCCUCUAUCUUCAUACGUAAGAUUGGUGCUAUCUUUGUCAAGUUUUGGUAACAUGGUGAGUGAGGCUUGCAUCAUAGAAGGACAUGACAUUUACUGUUGUCUAAACUUUAGAAUAGUUUCUGUAGCUUAAGAAUUAACACUUCCUUGACAUUUUUGAAAGAAUUCGCUAAUAAAGGAAUCAGGACCUAGAGCUACAGGGGAAAGUUUCAGCUAAAUUCUUGGGUGACUUUUUCAGUUUCUUCCCAUGUUAUCAGUUUAUGAAUACUUUUAUACUUCAUUCAUUUUGAUGAUUUGUAGUGGUUUUUAUGCCCUAGGAAAUUCUUUAUUCCAUUGAAAAUUUCAGACUUUAGUUUAAUUAUGAAUACUAUUCUAUAAUUAACCAAAAAACUUCUCUUUAUUUUGUUCCAACCACUGUCUUCCUUUCGACUUCUGUUUGUGGUUUACCCAUUAUUAGAUUUGUCAAAGUUUUACCUUGUCUAUGAUUUCUUUUCCAAAGAACUAGAAUUGGGAUUUAUUUGUAUCCAUGUUUUGCUAGUUUGUGAUUUGUUUUCCAUGGA